AUGUCAACCACUAUUGAUGUCCCAGAAUCAAGCAAUGUUGCUAAGGGAAAAGUAGUUUUAGGUGAACCCCAAAGGCCAGGAGGAUGGAAAAAAGGGGUAGCCAUAAUGGAUUUCAUUCUAAGGUUAGGUGCCAUAGCUGCUGCUCUUGGUGCUGCUGCCACUAUGGGAACAAGUGAUCAAACUCUCCCUUUCUUCACUCAGUUCUUUCAAUUUGAAGCUAGCUAUGAUAGCUUUACUACUUUCCAGUUUUUUGUUAUUACAAUGGCACUUGUUGCUGGCUAUCUGGUCCUCUCCCUUCCUUUCUCUAUAGUUACUAUCAUACGCCCUCAUGCAGCUGGACCUAGGCUUUUCCUCAUCAUCUUAGACACAGUAUUUCUGACUCUGGCCACUGCUAGUGGUGCUUCUGCUGCUGCCAUUGUUUACUUGGCACACAACGGCAAUCAAGAUUCUAACUGGCUUGCCAUAUGCAAUCAAUUUGGAGAUUUUUGCGCACAAACCAGUGGAGCAGUGGUGUCAUCGUUCGUUGCUGUGGUUAUCUUUGUGUUGCUGAUUGUUAUGUCUGCUUUGGCCCUUAGAAGAAAUUAG